AUGGUCACCAUAAACUACGAACCCUUGGAGCACUUGCCCUACCUUGACGAAAGCAUUUCUCCGGAAGAAAGAUCGCAUGUAGAGCAGCUCAUCCGCGUGGAGUUGACCAACCAGUUCAGCAACCAGAACUUGAACAAUAUCAACUUCCAUCCCAAUCCUGCCAAUGCGGAGUCUAACAUAAACAACAUCAAUACACAUAACUCUAAUGCCAGCCGCCAGAAUCCGUUGCAUCCUAUGGUUGACCAGAUCCUUCCGCUUCCACAGCCGUCUGCGCUUCGAUUGUCUCCCAGUCCCUUGUUGAACCAAGAGAUUGAACGUUACGAACAGGAGCAGCUCGAAGAGUUCGAUGAUGACGACGAAACCGCUCUCCCGGCCAACGUAAUACAUGGUGGAAUAGACAUGAACAGAUACGCAGACUUCAUCAAAGAAGGCUCCUCUUCUUCAGGGGGGUCUGAGGUCGACCGGAACAACUUGUACACUACGCUAUCGUACGCUGGACUUCAGGAAAGAAACCUUGCGUUGUUGUUGAACAACAACCACGAGUUAAUGCGUUUGCACCAGCAGCAUUUGCAAGAGUUGGGAAACGUCAAGGAAGACUAUACAGUCAAUCUCAACUCUAAGAGACAGAUGGUAGAUGAAGUAAAUGUUAUCAGGAAGAAACGGCAGGUGGUCAACUUCAAGCCUGUCAAUGACUACUUGAACGAAAAAUGGAAGGAAGGGAUAAAAUCGGUCGUUGACUUGGGCAUUGAGGCUACAAGAAUGGACAUGGAUAUGAACUGA